UACAGAGACCACACUGGAGAGACACCCUGUGACUCCACAAGCACAGGCACAUUCCAGCAGCUGCCCCAGUUGUGGAAGGUCCAGUUCCUGGAGAAGACACAGAUCACUGUUCAGCUCAGACUUAUGGUGUUACUGGGGACUGAACCUGGGACUUAGGAACCUCAGUCUCUUUGCAUCAUCCCAUCUGGUUGGAAUGGGACCUAAAAAGGCAUCUCUAAGACAACUUGUUUUCCUCUAUACAUUUAAUGGUUUUAGGCCUUACAUGAAUAUACUCAUCUGUGUGUUGUAGCCUCCAGGCUGUGAGAGCAGGUCCUAGGAGGACUUCCCCAGAGUCACACACUGUGUCCUUGUCCCCAGGCUGUUGGGAAGUCUGAGCUGCAGUAUGCAUAGUGAAACAUCCCUAUGAACUCAGCGACUCUGAUUCCUUUCUCACAUUUUUUCUCACUAAGUAUAGAAUAGGGUUGGGAGAUGGAACCUGAACACAGAAACUACACUGUUGGUUUAUUGCCACCGAACUCUAAUAAUGAGUUCCUGGAAAUGGAAGACAAAAGUUAUUUUAUUGUUACAGGAUUGUGGCCCUCAGAACAAAUGAGUGGAGAUGGGCCUCUGAUAGCAGAAAACAUAUCAACAGUUGUCACACCCAGUGGAGACAGGUCCCGGGUCUCUUUUGAUUUCAGAAACAUCGUUUUCCUGCUGACAGUGCUCCUUGGGCUCUGUGGCUCUGUGGGGAAUGGGGUUGUCAUCUGGCUGCUGGGGUUCUGCGUGAAGAGGAACCCCUUCUCUGUCUACAUCCUCAACUUGGCCUGUGCGGACUUCACCUUCCUCUUAUGCAACAGCAUCUGGCUCAUACUAAUUCUUUCACAAAUUUACGAAGAUGUGAAUACGGAGCUGUUAGAAGCAGUCAAGCUCACUUCUUUCCUGGUGGGUCUGAGUCUGCUGAUGGCCGUCAGCACCGAGCGCUGUGUCUCUGUGCUCUGGCCCCUCUGGUACAGAUGCCGCCGCCCCCAGCGCCUCUCCUCCAUCCUGUGUGCCCUCAUCUGGGCACUGGCAUUAUUUUCUGGGGCAUUUCAGCUUCUAUGUGAAUAUAUGGUUGGCUUCUCUUGUGACGUCUUCUAUUUGGUCUUGGAUGGGGUGUCCUUCAUCACCUUCCUGGUGCUCUGUGUGUCCUGCCUGACUCUGCUCAUCCGGGUCCAGUGCGGCUCCAGGAGGAGCCCGCCCACCAGACUCUAUGUGACCAUCCUGCUCAGUGUGCUGGUCUUCCUGCUGCUGGGCCUGCCCCUUGGUGCAGGCUUGAUGGCCUAUAGGCUCUCCUCAGCAGUGAGCCACUCUGACACAGUACUGCCUGUCCUCUACUUGCUCUCUGCCAUGAACAGUGUGGUGAAUCCCAUCAUCUAUUUCUUCGUGGGACGACACAGGCAGCCCCAGCCUCGGAAAUCACUCCGAGAAGCGCUCCAGAGAGCGCUGACAGAUGACACUGAGCUGAGCGGAAAGAAAGGAGUCACAGUUCCUGGACAGAACGCAAUGGCCACCUGUCCAUCUGGGUCUGAGGGAGAGGGAUGCCUGCUGGAAUUCAAGUCUGACCCUGGAAAUAAGGACUCCCACCCAGCCACCAAGUUGCAGAUGCUACCAUGAUUCCAUGCUGACUUCCCUGGGUGGACGGCCUCACCAAUACGUUCCAGGACCUCACCUCUCCAGAGCCCUACUCCACUAGGGAAAGAUAGAAACAGGCUGGGGUGGGGGGGGGACAUGUAGAAAACAAUCCCUGUCCAGUGGAGAAGCAAUUAUAGAAGUCAGAACUCUCACUUUUGGUAUCCCAUAAAGAAUUUUUGUCCAUAUAUCCAGAGGGGAGAAAUGUUAGGAAAAGAUGACCAGAGCACUCUGAACUUCAACUCCAUCAGGACCCAGAGAGAAAAGGAAAAAAGAAAGGACAUUUAGAAGGUAUAAUAGGUGUAGAUGUGACUUAGGAAGAGAGGGCAAGACCACAGGAAAAAAUGGGCAAAUGUAUAUGCUAAUAUAAAUAGUUAUAGAAAUAAGAGUCGAUCCAUGUCUGUGACCUUGGGAGAACCACUGCAGUUUCCAAUGGAGGGAAUGGGGACACAGAACUCGGGUGGUGGGAACGGUGUGGAUUUGUACCCUUGUUAUCUCCUUAUUUUGUAAAUCAACAUUAAAUCACUAAUAAAAAGUCCA